AUGACUGGCAUGAAACAAAAGUCAAAAGCUCAUCAACCACAGGUGUACCCAUCAAGUUCCGAUGCAGACACAAGCGGAGCAACAUCCAGUGGUUCUCCCUCCAAGCUACCACGCUUUCCCACAUCUGUCCUGAAUCGAUUUCAAAUAAAAGCUAGAAGGCAACGGCAGCAAUUGAAGAACAUGAGUAUAUCACCUACAAAUCGGCAAUUCAUACUGUUUUUUGGUUUCUUUGUGCUGGCCGGACUGCAUACGGUGAUUGUCACGACACACUUGCAAAAAAAAUCCAAGAUGACAGGCAAUGCGAAUGAUGCCUCAUUGCAAACUCCAAAGGUCUCUGCGUUUGCCGCACCCGAAAAGAAAUCCAAAGAAAGUGCACCUCCUCACAAGAGCAUAGAUGUGGAAGAAUUGGAGAAAUCGGCAGAGUGGAGAAGAGCCAAAGCAGUCAAAAGGAUCGAGCGCAUGGACAAUGCUGAAUUGGCAUUACUCGUCACCGGAGAUGUAAUAACAAGCACUACGAACAGUACGAUGCGGCAAUUGACACUCAGUGACAUUGGAAUUGGCAAAUUUCUUGGCGAUGGUGCCAUUAAUAUAGUUGCAAUGGCGGUCUUGCCGGAAUGGUGGUACACACAGAACAAGGUCAACAAAAAGAUACAGUUUGUCAUCAAGAUUGCUGUCGGUCUUAAUAGCGAUUUGUUGACCAAACAAGCCGAACGAGAAUAUGAAGUCAUAGAAACUCUGUCCAGAGACAAAAAGAAGGCUAAAGAAUUCAACAUUGUUCAAGCCAUCUUUAUGUCUCGAACGAUACCAAAUCCAUUUCGCAAGAAAAAAUUCCCAACCAACUUUCCGAUACACUACAGGGAUCCGAUUCGCAACGCCGAAAAUGUGGUCGUCAUUAUUCAACCGUAUCUGGAGCUGGACUACAUUCAUGACCUUGUGAAGUUCAAGGAUAUUCGGCAUUUUAUUCGUACCCUGCUUCAGACCCUAGAGUAUGCCCACUCGCUGGGGAUCAACAACUUUGACCUCAGUGACUCGAAUGUCAGAGUCGGUAAGCAUGGUGAAGCAGUGGUGAUGGAUUGGAAUGCAAAUAGAAGACUAGGAGAAGAUAUCUACGACUCCAUGGCCAAUUUGUGGUUCACAGCACCAGAAGGAAUGAUACCGUAUGGUCCCAAGAGAGAAACAAUUCGUUUGACAUCGAUUUCGGCCAUGGAUAUUUGGUCGGUGGGGAUCAUGCUGGUUUUCUUAAUGUACGAACCCUGUCAGUGGGUCAAUCCUGAUGUUCCAAAGAUGCGCAACAAGAAUUCUUUGUUGCGAGAAAUCGUCAAGAGCAUUGGAGGUGAAACCAAGAUCCCAAUAGGAGACAAUCAAGAGUUGGAUCUAGCCAAGCGGUUUGGUUUUGUCCGGGAAAAUCUCUUGAAGAAAAAGUGGAAAAUGCCGCUUUAUGAUUUAGAAGAAGAUAACAUGUGUGACGACAAGGACACUGAAUCGUACAUGGUGAUGUACAGUGCAAAGAACAAGGAAUUGGACGAUAUGUACGACUUUUUGAGAUCGAUGAUGAAACUCUCGCCUGCAGAAAGAGCCAACGCGACGACUUUAUUGAGUCAUCCUUUCAUGGAUUUCUGA